AUGACGGAGAGGCAAAUAAGAGAUGUCAUCCAUAAAAUUUUAGUGGCCUCUGGUGAAGAAGAAAAUAUCUCGCAAAGCGUUAUAUCCCUACUUUAUUCACAUCUUCAAGCCACAUGCCGAUUGUGGACAGAAAGCCUUUUAGCAGAUCAGGACUUCGACUCUACAAAUUUCUCACUUGCUACCCUUGUGGGCCUAUUUAAAAAAGACCGGGUAAAGUUAAUAAGAAUGGCUCGGUACCUGCAAAUUCUGGCCGAUCGUUCAGAUGCAAAUAAUUUCCUAGACGACGGCUCCUUAAGUGGGGAGAGUAAGAUAGACUUUGACAACUCAUCAGUUUCCGGUACUCAAGAAGUAGAAGGUAGCCAAAAUCUUUCCAGGAAACAGGAAUUUCUCGAUAUCUGUCAUCGAGUUGGCGUUGAUCCGCCUAUUUCAGGCAUUAAUUAUUGUUGCUUUGACAUUUUGCGUCAGUUGCCCAACGAAUUGGCUGUUGGAUUUCGCUAUAGGCUCCUACGAACCGACCAUAAAUGUAAACGUAUGAGUCCAGGCGAUUACUUAUCCUUUGCUCGCUUACGCCAAUCUGCGAGUCUCCUUUGCCUGUCCAAACGCUUUCGUGCAGAUGUCUUGGCUUGGAUAUUCUCGUCCGCACCAGAUAAUAUAAGACUAAACAUCAGUCCUUUUGCUCUCAUCGAUAUCGUGGUGGGCUUCCAUUCUCGAAUACCGAUUGCCUCUAAAAGGAGUAUCUACAUGUAUUCGAGCCAGGCCUACCCCUCUCUGUCGGUUGUCUUUUCUUCGUCUGGUCGUCGAUUAUUCUCCAAUCGUUGCAGUUCACAAUUUACUCUCCGGAAAUGCAACCGAUUAACCGGAUUUAUUCAACCUAGAAGCAAAAAUGUUUUACUAUCUAGUCUUGGAUAUCUCUCCAUCUUUCCAUCUAUUCGCAGAUGUCAUAGUACAGCUGCUAACCUAAUAACUGCGAAUGAAGAGGACAAAUGGAGACCUUACGAAGAUUUGGCAGAAAUCCGUAAAAUGUCGUUACCCGACAUGAAACCAAUAUGGGCCCUAUCAAGAGAACCUGUUAUUAGUGACUUUUUUCUUGGGCGCGUACCACAGGAGUUAUUUGAAUUCCCUGAGUUGACAUCCAAGACCAAAGUUCUCCAGCUUGAUGGAAUCUUUGAACACGUCUUGAAAACCCUGCUUUGCGGUAAUAUUUUUGGGGAGAUUUCGAAAUAUAUAUGCGGUUGA